AUGGCAGCACAUCGGAGUUGGCUUCUAGUGAGCUGCUUUCUCCUUGAGGUUCUUCUCUUGGAGGCUGCAAAUAUCCUGACUAUAUCUACACUGGAUGGAAGCCAUUAUAUAGUGAUGAACCGUGUGUCGCAAAUUCUUCAUGGUGGUGGCCACAAUGUGACCAAACUUCUUUAUGAUAAUGAUCAAAUCACAGAUUUUAGAAAGGAAAAACCACCAUACAAGGUUAUAAAUUGGCAUCUACCUGAAGAUCAGCAGAAGAAAUUUGAUAAUCGUCUGCAUCUCCUUGUAGAAGAAUUAGGUCAUGGCAGGUAUGAACAUAAAUCCCUUGUAAAGAUUUAUCAAUUCUUUGGUGACUUAUGCAGUCAGUUUUUAAGCCUAAAGGACAUCAUGGAGUUCUUGAAAAAUGAGAACUUUGACCUAGUACUUCUUGAUUCAUUAGACCUCUGUUCUUUGCUGAUUGUUGAAAAGCUUGGAAAACGCUUUGUGUCCUUUCUUCCCAUGCAAUUUAGCUAUAUCAACUUUGGCUUACCAAGCGCCCCCUUGUCCUAUGCUCCAGUGUACGGUUCUGGUCUAACUGACCAAAUGGACUUCUGGGACCGAGUGAAGAACUUACUGAUGUUCUUUGAUUUCUCCAUGAAGCAAAGGGAAAUACUUUCUCAAUAUGACAAUACCAUCCAGGAGCACUUUGCAGAAGGCUCUCGGCCAGUUUUGUCUGACCUUCUACUGAAAGCAGAGCUGUGGUUUGUCAACUCUGACUUUGCCUUGGAUUUUGCUCGUCCCCUGUUUCCCAACACUGUCUAUGUGGGAGGCUUACUGGACAAACCUGUUCAGCCAAUACCCCAAGAUUUGGAGAAUUUUAUCACUCAGUUUGGAGACUCAGGCUUUGUCCUUGUGGCCCUGGGCUCCAUAGUGAGCCGGCAUCAGACCAAGGAAAUUAUUAAAGAGAUGAACAGUGCCUUUGCUCGCCUCCCUCAAGGGGUGCUAUGGACAUGUAAGGACUCUCUUUGGCCCAAAGAGGUCACAUUGGCCCCAAAUGUCAAAAUCAUGGAUUGGCUUCCACAGACUGAUCUUCUGGCUCACCCCAGGAUCCGUCUGUUUGUCACCCAUGGGGGCAUGAACAGUAUAAAUGAGGCCAUCCAGCAUGGAGUACCUAUGGUGGGGAUUCCAUUUUUUGCUGACCAACCUGAAAACAUGAUCCUAGUAGAAGCAAAGAACAUUGGUGUUUCUAUUCAGCUACAGACACUCAAGGCAGAGACACUGGCAUUCAAAAUGAAAGAAGUCAUAGAAGACAAGAGGUACAAGUCUGCAGCAAUGGCCUCCAAGAUUAUCAGGCAGUCCCACCCACUGACCCCCGCCCAGAGGCUUGUGGGCUGGAUAGACCACAUCCUGCAGACAGGGGGUGCAGCACAUCUCAAGCCGUAUGCUUUCCAGCAGCCAUGGCAUGAGCAGUAUCUGCUGGAUGUCUUCCUCUUUCUGCUAGGGCUCACUCUGGGAACAUUGUGGCUUCUUGUAAAGGUUCUUGGUGCUGUGACCAGGUGUCUGAGUGGAGCUAAGAAGUUAAAGCAGACAUAA